CGCGGCGAUUCUCGUCGUUGGACUGGCAUCACUGGACUAUCCCGGACGCUCCGUGCUCCGUCCGUUAGCCAUGUUUUACGGUCAAAUACGGUCAGCGAGCUUGUCAUGCGAAAAUGCGUCCCGCGGGCGUGAGAACCGAUCUGUCGUGUAAACGGCCGCGACGACGGGCGUAAGGUGUGCGACGGGCCCAGUGCGAGGGCGACGGCGGUACGCGAGAGUGGCAUGCGCUCGCACCUCCGGCGGGACAUCGCGCGCGCGCGUGUGUAACGGCGGUGGUCGUCCUCGGAGGCGGUGGUGAUCUCUCGGGGUGCUCCCGUAGGCCUUUACUCCCGUAGGCGGCGGGCCGCGCGUCGGAGUCUGUGCGGAUCUGACAGACUUCUAGGUUUUUCCGGCCCAAUGGAGCCGCGUCCUCUCGCCGCCGUCCUCUUGGCUUUGUUGUUGACAGCGCUCGCACGAGUCAACGCGGGAGGCUUGGACUUCAUUAUCGAGCCGCGGGAUGUGGUGGUGGAGCAGGGAGGUCCUGCGAGGCUGGACUGCGAGGCGAAGAGCGUAUUUGGGACGCCAAAUAUACAUUGGCGUACGGACGAUGGUCAGCCGAUCACGUUUAUUGGGGACAGUUAUCGAUCACAGCUAGCGAAUGGGUCCUUGUACAUAAAUAGUGUGUACGCUGGUAGUGCAGAAUUAACCGGAAGUUAUCAGUGCUUAGCCUCCAUAGAGAAUGUCGGCUCGAUUGUCUCUCGGCCAGCUACAAUUAAACUUGCAAGCCUCCCUGGCUUUGAAAGGGAACCUCAAGACACCAUGGUUUAUACGGGACAGAUUGCAUAUUUGAGUUGUGCGCUACCGGCUUCCUCGAGUUUGUUAAAGAUACAAUGGUUAAAGGAUGAACGUCCUUUAAAGCUCGAUGAGAAUCGAAUGACAAUUCUGCCAUCAGGCGCGUUGGAGAUCGAUGAUGUUCAGUAUCACGACAUAGGAUCAUACAGAUGUAACGCUAGCGGCUAUGGCCAAUACAGACUGAGCAACAAAGCAGAAUUAGGUUUAUUAUCUAGUGACAUCGAUGAGGGAUCUAGCGCUCCAGUAUUUAUCGCACAACCCCUGCAACAAAUAGCCACCGAAGAGUCUGACGUGACUUUGGAAUGCGCCGCCAAUGGCUAUCCAAAACCGACAAUUCUUUGGCUUAAAGACGGUGUAGCUCUUGAUUUAACGUCACUCGACUCUAGAUAUCGCAAAAUUGCAGCCUCUAGUCUUAUGAUCACGAAUGUGAAAGAAUCGGAUCACGGUUCGUAUCAAUGUCGUGCGGAAAAUAUGGUCGAAUCUUUGGAUGCAGUUGCUGAAUUAAUUGUACAAGUUCCACCGAAAUUUGUGAAGAAGCCGGAAGAUAAAGUGGCAAGUGAGAGUCAGGAUCUAGAGUUCGAAUGUGAAAUCUAUGGAAAACCGGAACCAAAAAUUACCUGGCUGAAGAACGGCGAGCGUAUCACAUUGAGUGCAUAUUGGCAAAUUGUCAAUGGAUACAAUUUGAGAAUCAAUGGACUGUUACCCAUAGAUGCAGGAAUUUUCCAGUGCAUGGGAGUGAAUCCUGCUGGUAGUGUUCAAGCCUCGGCACGUCUUACAAUUAACCAGCCCAAGAUAGCAAAUCCCCAUAGAACAACUACUCCUAAGACAGUUCCUAAGAAAAAAUUAUUACUGCACCGGCAGUUGUAUAAUAAGACGUGGCAGCAUCCAAGUACUCUCCUAGGACACACGUUCUCGUCACACAUGCCAAGUCCUCCACUUUCAAUAAGUCCGUCCGACGAUCCUGCAGAUCUGCUCCCGAGUUCGUUUAAGUAUCCUAACUCCCUUUACGAUCCGGACUCCCGUUUUGUAGAUGAUACAGAUACUCUAGAAGCGUUUGAUGGGGGUGGUGUACCCUCACCGCCGAGGAACUUGAGUCUCGUCAUCGUUACCGCAAGAUUCGUUACACUACGCUGGCAAGAGCCAGAAAACGCAAACAGCGACGCUCUCAACUAUUUCAUACAUUAUAAACAGGAGGGGGCUAUGAGGGAAAGAGUUGUCAACACGCAGCAGAAGCUGGAGGCCAUGAUACGUGGUUUGCAACCUAGUAUGACGUAUCAAUUCCACGUGGUUGCACAAAAUUCUCGAGGAAUCAGUGCUCCUAGCGAAGUAUUACAAGUUGCAACAUUGAUAGAGGCUAAUGUUCCCGGACCUCCGAUGAAUCUAGAGGGUCAUGCGACAAGCAGCAUGAGUAUUACCUUAUCGUGGGAGGAGCCACAAGUUAUAAAUGGUCGAAUAUCUAAAUAUAUUAUUACAUUUAUGGAGGGCGACGGUGAAGAGGUAACACGUGAAACUACUAGUACAACGUAUGAAUUGGUAGAUCUCGUGCCUUAUACGGAAUACAGUAUUAGAGUUCAAGCGGUCAACGAAAAUGGCCCAGGCGCGUUUAGUAAAGAUAUCAUGAUUCGGACUCACAGCGCACAACCGACACAACCGCCGCAUAACGUUACUUUAGAAGCAGCUAGUUCGACGAGUAUUAUCAUAAGGUGGGAACCUCCGCUCGAGGGGCAGAAUGGAAUCAUCACGGGUUAUAGAAUACGUUAUCGCAGAUAUCCGCAUGACCCCCGAUCCGGGGAUCGGCGAUCCCCGAUCACGGUGACAACUGAAGGAAAUCAACGUUUAUACGUGCUCAAUGGGCUCGAAAAGCACGUUGUGUAUCAAGUCCGCAUAUGUGCCUUCAAUGUCAAUGGAACUGGACCUUGGACAGAAUGGACAAAGAUAGAGACGUACGAGAACGAUUUGGACGAAACAAAAGUACCAAAUGUACCCAGUAAUUUAAAAGCGAAUGCUAUGGCAGAUUCUAUACUAAUAUCGUGGCAUCCCCCGAAAGAUCAGAGCAUCAAAGUGAGAAAGUAUAAAUUAGGCUGGGGUAAAGGCUAUCCUGAUGUCGAGAUACAGGUUCUUGAUGGAAAGCAACGAUCCUAUGCUAUUAAGCCUAUAGAACCAACAACGGAGUACGUAAUAUCUUUAAGAGCAACGAAUAAUGUUGGUGAUGGUCAACCAGCAUACGCGAAUGUGAGAACUCCCGAACGUUUUGUAUCUGAAUCCGCAGUGCCUUUAAUACCACCCGUUGGCCUUAAAGCUAUCGUGCUCUCGGCUUCCACUGUUGUACUGUAUUGGACAGACACGACCUUGUCAAAAAGUCAAUAUAUCACCGAUAGUCGAUACUACGUGGUGCGUUAUACGAACUACCAUCACAGCAGCAGCCCAAGAUACAAAUAUUACAAUGCUACUGAUCUCAACUGUAUGAUUCACGAUUUAAAACCUAAUACACAAUAUGAAUUUACGGUUAAACUGGUCAAGGGUAAACGAAGCUCGCCGUGGAGUAUGGUCGUUCUAAAUCAAACACAAGAGGCUGCACCUAGCACAGCGCCUCGAGAUUUAAUCAUUCAAACUGUCGAGGAUCGUCCAACUUCCGUUUUACUGCGAUGGCAACCUCCUAAGCAACCCAAUGGACAAAUCACAGGAUAUCUCAUAAUUUAUUCCACUGAUAACACGAAAUGGGAUCGUGAUUGGCUGGUCGAAGGUGUCAUCGGUGACAAGGUGGAUGCUACCGUGAAGGGUCUGCAUCCUAAUACGUUAUAUUACUUUAAGAUCCAAGCCCGUAACUCCAAAGGAUAUGGACCAUUCUCCACAACAAUCUCAUUUAAAACGCCACAAAGCAAUGGCAUGGAUGAUGAAUUGCAUGAUGGAGAUGGGCGAAGCUUCUCCAAUAUAUUGAUUUAUAUCAUAGCGGGUCUUUCUGUUAUCUUUAUCACUGCCAUAUCGGUAGUGGUCGUAGUUUGCUGUAAACGUAAUCCAGGCUCCCCAGAUCGAAAGAAAGGAUAUAUGAAAGAUUCGAAUCAGAAGACAAAUAUUAAACCGCCGGAUUUGUGGAUUCAUCACGAUCAAAUGGAGCUGAAGGCGCUUGAGAAAUCGUCGAUAAAUGGUGAAGCUUCUACCAGUGGCGUCACCAGUAAUACGUUACCUAGGUCGAGCAAUCCGGAUUAUAAUCAAGAUAAUAUACACGGAAAUUCCAGUUCGCUGGAUAAGCGUACUUACGUGCCAAGUUAUAUGGGUAACACUGACGAGAAGUGCUCAACCCUGAGCAGACAGCACAGUCGUGGAAGCCACAAACCUAAAUUAAUUACACUCCCUGUUGACAGUGCACCUUUGCAUCAGCCUAUAGCCACAGCUACUCCAAUUGUGAAUAGCAGCAUGUCGCAGCCAACCAUUCACACCUCGUGCAGCGAUACAUCAUCGGUGAGACAAAACUAUCCACGAACAGUCGCGCAAUAUAGCUUAAAUCGCGCGCACGUCACGUUGGAACCAACUCCAGAAUCCAGUCCGGAUUCUUGUAGCAUACCUAACUCAUAUGAGCCAUUACAGAGUCAGUUGUCAUAUGGUACAAGUGGGCAGUCUUACAGUGGAAGCACUCAAUAUAAUUCCGGUCAUUAUGGCAACAGCGCUCAACCGAUGAGCAGUUCUGUUGGGGUAGAGAAUAAUGCUAGCAAGCGAUUGCAAGGUCAUCCCCUUAAGAGUUUCAGCGUGCCGGCUCCCCCGCCACAGAGUGCCCCUUCGACGCCAGCGCAACAGAAGCAUGGAGUGUCACAAGUGACAGUAAGACCAACGAUAUCCGGAAGUCCAUACAAAAAACCGCAAAAUUCAUCGUCACAAUUAACGAAGAAUCGUUUAGCAUCUGUGUCAAAUCCGGUACACACGUCGGAAGAAGUUGAACGAUUAAAGUUACAGCCUUCGUACAGCACCGAAGAAUUGAAUCAGGAAAUGGCUAACUUAGAAGGUCUUAUGAAAGAUCUGAAUGCCAUAACAGCAUCAGAAUUUGAAUGUUAAAGUAGGUUCCUAAGCCUUGUGCCAUCCUAACUGAUGGUUAGACUGCAACGCACAUUCUCAAUGUUAGUACCUGAGAGGUAAAAUUAAUCGUUAUAUUUUUUUAUUUAUGCUGAAUUUUUUCGAAAAAAUGCGUUCGAUUAUCAUCAAAAUUACGUAGAGAAUGAACAUUAUGUAGUUAAUUAGUGUCGAUGAACGGCGCAAUUAAUACGUGAUUUUAAUGUUCGGUUUAUAAUACAAUUGAGACACGGUAAUUAAUAUGACUCGUUAGAUCACUCUAUCGCGUUUCCUCUCUCCGGUACUAGCGUUGCUUAUCUUGAGUGUGAAACUCAAUAUCGUACUUGCCAAUGUGUAAAUCCGACAACGUCACAUUCUUGCGGCGUAUUUUUGAUAACGCGAGCAAGCAAGAGUGUUGUGUCGCGAUCGGCCGCUGUUCGACGAGCGCUUUCGUGUUUAUAGACGUUUAUAGUGUAAUCGCGUGUAAAUGUGCUGGACGCGCAUAUACCGAUCAGGACUUAAAUUAUUCGACAUGAUCAAUUUCGAUGUGUUUUUCCACGGUGUGUGAAAGUCAAUGUACAAUAAUAUAGUCAAGGUGCGCGAGCAAAGAGCGUCGCGAAAGUCUUUCUUCGUCUUCUUUUUUUUUCGUCAUUUACAUAAAAACCCAAGGUAAUUCAACUGAACGAUACUCCUUGAGUAUAUAAUGUACUUUUAUGCGUGUUGAUCCGAGUGGUCUUGCCUAAAGGGAGAAGAAGAAAAUCGCCUUGCUGUCCCGGGGAAAAGCCUCAUGCGUCACUCGUCGCUAUUUCAUAUAUUCGUAUAAUUAUAUUCCUCGUCGACUCGCUAAUGAUGCCAUAUUUACGCUUGAAAAGAUGAGGCACGCGUGAGCCGGUUCGGUCAAAUAAUUUACGGUCCAAGAGGAUAUAGGCGGAGAGUAGAAAUAUUCAUUCUAUUUUUGUAUCUAUCAGUUUGCGAUGAGCUUUAUCGUACACGUCUUAAAUUUUGAGGCCUCUGGUAAAGCUUAUUCGCAUUUCCACGAGAUCAAUUUGUUUAAAAACGGAAUGAAUUUUUACAUCCGGCGGGGCCAUGGAACUGAUAAUUCGCUUGAUGUAAGCAUGAUAUAAACUUGGUGAAAAUUCUUCUCAGAAUUUUUCAUAUAAUUUAUUCAGAAUUUCUAUAUAAGUUUUAGAAUUUUUCAGAAUUUCUAUAAGGUAUUUUGGCUGAAUAAGGUCCACUUAAUUUAUUUUAUUUUCCAAAAACUCUAUAUUAAAUAGAAUUUUUUAAAUUUUAUUUUGUAAAAUUGCAGCUUAUAAUUUUGUAAAAUACUUUUCUCAGAUUUUUUUAUAUUACUUUUCAGAAGAAAGUCUACAGCUUUUCUUUAUAUAUAUAAAUUCUGAAAUAUUUUAAGACUUUUCAUUUAAUUAUUUCUGAAGAAAAUUUACUUGAAAAAUUUAAAGUAGUUUUUUCAGAAAUAUUUAUAAAUUUAAAAAAUGAAAAAUUCUUUAAAAUAUGAUGUAUUACAAGAAUUAUUUUCACCAGGAAACACUUCGUUUUACGCUUUUUAUAACUCGUUUCGAACGAUCUUCGUAAGAUGUUUGUGUUAGGUCGCUCUACGAGUGUACUCGACAUCCCAGGCAGCUCGUAUUUAAAGAUGAUUUCAUGCGCGUAUCCUUUAUUGAAGCAAUCAUCUAGUAUAUAUUACGAUCUCAUUGGAAAAUAUUAUUUUAGAGUUAAUCGAUUGCAGGCAAAUAAAUAUGGGUAUUAUAUGAUAGGUUAUUUAACGUCACAAAGUCAACGAUCCGUUUUUUUGGACAUCGAUCGCGAGAGGCACGCGAAACUCGUACGCGGAAAUUUUUCCGCAGAAUUAAACGGUACGAUACUUUCGAGAAUCUACCGAAAUCUGUCGUUGUGCUUCGAGAAUUCAUAUAUUUCGUCAGAGAUAAAAAGAUUGCGUUAUUUGAUGAAUAUGGUUUGCUUGAAAGUAAGCUUUAUUCUCUCCCCCGUGUCGCUCUUGCGAUUUGAAGUAUUAUUGAUAAAAAAAAAGAAAUGUUUGUAUACAGAUAUUUUUAGUGGGAUAUAUACUUCAUAUGUGGAUUUGUAUUUUUACUUACUCAAAAACGCGAUCGGAAACGCGGCUCUUAAGAGAAAUUUUAUAAACUUAUAACGCAAUGCUCAAUUCUCACCGGCGUUGAGAAUCGUCGAGAUAUAUAUACAUAUGUCCAUGUUUCUAUCCAGAUACAUUUUAUAUAAACCACUUACUGCCAAUUCAUUAAUGCAUAUCUAUCAAAGUACAUACGUACAUAUUUCCUUCCAAUUGCUAAACUCUCUAUCUGAAGAAACAUUUAACGAAACGCGCGAAGGCGUGUUCGAAUUCCAAUUUGGAUCAAUGAAAUACAACGAUCGUCGUUGCUGCGAAAUAAUAAUAUGCUUGUAGAAUUUCGAAUUGUACUCGACCACUUUUGGGAUACUUUUAUAUUUUCAUAGCGUUUCGAGGUAUUGUACAAAGAUUUUGUAUAUUAAGGACGUUGUACGUGAUGCGAGACAGGAAGAAUUCGAGUGAUAUAAAUCGAACACACAUCUCCUUUUACUUCAAGACAAAAUUAAAACUGAAGAUUAAAUUUAUACUAAAAGGAGACAUAUGGUUUAUAUGGUUAGAUUAAAAAGUCGCAAAAAUGCUAAACGACAUUUUAGGAGCCAUUCUUGAAAUUAACUAUAUAUUAAUUAUGUAACUCUUUAUAUACAUAUAUAUAUAUCACUCGAUUUUCAGUAGCUUGCAUAAUACGAAUUCCGAUGUAGCAUCCCAAUUUUUGGAUGCGCUGCAAAGUAACAGACGAUACUCUCUCUCACGUGUAGGCGCUGCCAAAUUUUGUGACUGACUUUUCACGGAUUUGGAGUCUUUCGAGCGCGAUGGGAAAGAUAACAUUUAUAUCGCAAUUUUUGUAUUCGGAGUAUUGCGUGUUACUUGCGAUGCGAUAAUACGUAGAUGAUACCGCCCAACGCGCGAUUUGCAUACAGGAAAAUUUUAAGUAAAUACUCUUGUUUCAAGUAUUUCAUAGAUUUAUGUCUAAAAAUUAUUAUAAAAUUUAUUAAAAAUUUAUUCUAAAACCUAGAAAAAUUUAAUACUUUAAUGAAGGUCAUUAAAACAAAAGUUUAAUUUGCUUAUUAUUUUAAUAAAAAUUUUCUUUAAUAAAAUUUUAUAAUAUUUUUCGAAAGAAUAUAACAUUUUUUAAAGUACACAUGAUAAUGAAUUUUUAAAAAAUUAUGAUGAAUAUAAUUUAAGACUGUAAUAAAAUAAAUAUUCUUUGUCAGAGAUAAUAUUAAAAUCAGAAAAAUACAGUUUAUAUAAUAAUUGCUCUUAGAAAUAAAAUUAAUAUUUUUUUCUGUAUGUGGAGGUAAAACUUUAUGAGAAUCGCCAGCGUUCGAUCGUACUGGGCUUCGUUCGUCAAGCGUAACGUAACAUUUUUUAUUUUUUACAUAUAUAAGUUAUAUAUAAGUUAGCUGUAAAAGAGAAUGUUUUAUUGAACGAGCGCGUGAUACGUUUUUCUCGAAAAGACACUAACGUUUUGCACUGUGUUGUUGUUUUUACGUUGACAGUGUGUCGAGCUUUGUACAAGCUUUUUACAAUCGCGAAAGGAACAUGUGAGAGCUAUACUUAUAAAGAGAACAGCUUGUACAUUAAGUAUAUACAUAUACAUGAUAUAUAUAUAUAUAUAUGAAAGUUGUAUCUAUAUUGCGCUGUUGACAGAAAAGAGCGUCGGGUACUUUUUAAUUAAAGGACAGGCCUACUGAGAAGGCCUGCGAGAAUAUUUUACCACAAAAGUAUAAUUAGCGUAUAGCUAUACGUAGAUAGCGUGUAUAUUUAUCUAAAUAAGAUUAAUAUUAUUUAUUGAUUUUUUUUGUUUACGCGCCGAUUUUUCCGGGUAGACAGACGAAAACAUUAGAGGCUGGUUUGUAUUCGACCGUUGCCUCGCGUAAAAUACACCUCCAAUUCUCAUUACUCAUCAACGAAUCGAUCAUUCACAUCUGCAUUUAUAAAUUAGUUAGGUAAAUUAAUUAUCUAGAUUAGCAUUUCAUAUGAAAUUUGACGAUAUAUAAUCGCGAUGAAGAAAACGAUCGGCUUAUCGAUGUACAUAAAUAUGAAAGAAAAAACACCGCCACUUUAUAUAAGAGAUGAUCAAGUAUUUAUAUAUAUAUAUAUUAUUAUAUAGCCAUUAUAUAUAUAAUUCUUAUAUUUGUACGAUAUACGAUAUAAGAAAGCCCGCCCCGAGACAAAACAUUCAUAACAAGUGUGUGAUAAUAUUUGUAAAACUUGAUAUUCAAUAAACAAUUUUAUGUUCUUUACAAAA